CUGCCCCCCCCUCCUCGGCCGUUGAGGGAUGGGAAGGAGGCGGGGAGGAUUAACCCCCUCGUGCCCGCGUCGGCAUCGGCGCUCCUUUCUGGCCCCCCCCUCCUCCCGCGACUGAGGCGGCGCUGAGGGGAGAGGGCGAGCGCGAGCCGGGCCGGCCAGGCGCUCGGUGCAUUGUGGGACGGACUGGGGCAGCCGGAUCGGCGCGGGGAGUCCCGUCGGCGGGCGGGAGAGCAGACGAGACGCGGAUAACCAACCUAUUUCAUAAAGAAGGAAAUCUGUGGUUACUUACAGCGUGAGAAUCAUGUCUGUUCGAGAGUCCUUUAAUCCAGAAAGUUACGAACUUGACAAAAGUUUUCGGUUAACCCGAUUCACGGAACUUAAAGGCACCGGCUGUAAAGUGCCUCAGGACAUUUUGCAGAAAUUGCUUGAAUCCUUACAAGAAAACCACUUCCAAGAAGAUGAACAGUUUUUGGGGGCUGUUAUGCCAAGAUUGGGAAUUGGCAUGGAUACGUGUGUUAUUCCUUUGAGACACGGAGGCUUGUCUUUGGUCCAGACAACAGACUACAUUUAUCCCAUUGUGGAUGACCCUUAUAUGAUGGGACGCAUCGCCUGUGCCAAUGUCCUUAGUGAUCUUUACGCCAUGGGAGUUACCGAAUGUGACAAUAUGUUGAUGCUUCUUGGCAUCAGUAAUAAAAUGACAGAUAGGGAAAGAGAUAAAAUCAUGCCUCUAAUUAUCCAAGGAUUUAAAGAUGCUGCAGAAGAGGCAGGAACAUCGGUGACCGGCGGUCAAUCAGUAUUAAACCCUUGGAUUGUUUUAGGAGGAGUGGCCACGACUGUCUGUCAGCCUAAUGAGUUUAUAAUGCCAGAUAAUGCAGUACCUGGAGAUGUGCUGGUGUUAACCAAACCAUUGGGAACACAAGUAGCUGUAGCUGUCCAUCAGUGGUUAGACAUCCCAGAAAAAUGGAAUAAAAUCAAGUUGGUUGUGACACAGGAAGAUGUGGAACUCGCCUAUCAAGAAGCAAUGAUGAAUAUGGCAAGACUGAACAGAACAGCUGCAGGGCUGAUGCAUACGUUCAAUGCUCACGCAGCCACGGACAUCACAGGCUUUGGAAUCCUGGGACAUGCACAGAAUCUAGCCAAGCAGCAACGUAACGAAGUGUCUUUCGUUAUCCAUAAUCUCCCUGUCCUUGCCAAAAUGGCCGCAGUUAGCAAAGCUUGUGGGAAUAUGUUCGGUCUUAUGCAUGGGACUUGUCCAGAGACCUCAGGCGGCCUCCUUAUCUGCUUGCCCCGUGAACAAGCAGCACGCUUCUGCGCUGAGAUCAAGUCUCCCAAAUAUGGCGAAGGUCAUCAAGCAUGGAUUAUUGGGAUUGUAGAAAAGGGAAACCGCACCGCCAGAAUUAUAGACAAACCUCGAAUCAUCGAAGUCGCGCCCCAAGUAGCCACUCAGAACGUAAACCCGACGCCCGGGGCAGCUUCUUAAUCCUAGAUGAAAUAGUUUAUUUUUUUCCUUUUUGUUUUUUUUUUUAAAAUAGAUCUAUUUCCUUUAUCAUCUUUACAGCCUAAAGAACUGUAUUAAAGAGAAGAAACACGUUGUGUCUGCAAAACUGGUGGCCUUAGGUCGGUUGAAGCGAAUGAAUUUAACCCCUUGCCUUCUCCCCCCCUUUUUUCCCUCCCUUUCCUGUUACAUGAACUGAAGAGGCAUCUAACCUGGAGGCAGCUUCUGAGUUGAGAAUUAUAUUGUUAUCCAAUACUGUUGAUUCAUUUUGAAUCUUUAGACACUUAUCUCUCGCCGCACGGGCUCUUUUUAAAAAGGUGCUUUCACGUAGCGCAAGGCAUUGCCGACAGUGGUAUCCAAUGCAGUUUGUAUCUUUUUUUUUUAAACAAUUUUAAUUUUAAUAUUUUUUUUUUUGCUAUAUGUAUAUUUAUCAUUAGCUCUAAUUUCGGAUGCCUUGAAUGAAAUUCCAAAAGGCAAUAAAUUUUGAUAAUGCACAUGGAGCUUAACCCGGAAGAAGCAAAGAGGGUUGACAUGUCUACCUAUGUUCUGUCUUUUCAUUUAUACGACUUAGUCUUUCUCCGUGAAAAUCGGCGGCCUUGGACUUAAUGGUAGUUGGGUAGUAACGGAGACACGCAAGUGCUGCCUUUUUACGGAGAGCACCUCAAGAGUUUGAAGGAAGGAGUAAAUUUUGUUCUUUGUAGCUCAGACAAGGUUUACUUUGUAUUACCGAUAACCAUUUCCUUUUUUAUGGAUGGUAUAAAUGGUAUAAAUCAGUUUUCAGCGGGACGGGCUGUGCUGCAGAGCGAAAAAAAAUAUUGCCAACUGACGGGAAGGUAUUCUGUAAUCAUUUACAAUUCACUAUAUAAUUACACAAAUAAUUUUUAAAAUAUAACCAUUUUUUAAAAAAAAAACAACCCUGUUCUGUGGAUGGUAGUGUUUAAUACAUUUUAUAUUUUGUAUAGUGAUUAUCAUAUAUAUUUUUUUGCUUUUCUUAAAAUCAGCAGCUGUCUAGUAAGAUGCUUAGUAUUUUUUUUGUUUGUUUUCUGUUCAACAUACAUUCUUGUGCACGCUUUUGUGAUUGUGUAUAAAAUCUACGUUGCCAACUUUGCAGCCUGAACUUAAGCUUAUUAUUUGAAUAAAUAUUUAAUUUUUUAUUG